UACAAAAAAAAACCCGAUUAAUUCCAUAAAAUCAACAAACGCAACACACAUCUCUGUGAUCUCCGUCCAUUUACAUCAUCAACAAACCAAAAUCAAACCCUAAAUCAUUCAUCUGUAACCCUAAUCCCCCAAUUUCCACUACAAUCAACAACAAAAUCACUCAACAAUCAACAUCCACACCACCAUCACCAACAAUCAUCACGUUUAAUUCCGUCAUCUCGCCGGAGCCACCACCGCCGGCGAUUCUAGCCUUUAAUCUCCACCGGUCAGUCUCCCUUACACAAAUCUCCAUUUACAUCUUAUUAUAAUUUUAAUAAAUUUUAAUAAAUACUCUCACUAUUUCACAAUAAUAUGAACUCAUCAUCAUCCAAUUCGAAUUACGGUUUCCGUAAUUCGAACGAAAGUUUCGAAACGAAUCCGGUUCUAGGGUUUAGUUCGACGCCGGGAGGCUCUACUGUGUUACGCCCCCGCCUUAUGAAGAUGCGAAGACAAAGUGUUCAAAACCCUAGGUCUAGUUCGGUAUCCAGUAGUUCGAGUUCGGUUAAUGUUUCGUCCGGUCUAGGGUUUAAUCCGUUUCGGAGUUCGUCGGACUCAUCGGAGCCGGUUAAUGUUCCGAAGCAGACGUUUUCGUUUGCAGCUGGAGUUGUUGAUGAUUUGGCGAAAAUGAAAAUCGAUGGGAGUAGAAGUCAGGCUGCAUUUCGGUUUAAAGCGAGUGAGAAUGAGAGUAAGAGCGGUUUUAGUCAGCCGGUGGCGGAUCAAUUGCAAAAGGAGAUUAACAAGUUGAAUAUAGGGGAUUCUGGUAGUUCGGGUAAUCCGUUUAAGAGCCAGUUUGGUAAUGCGUUUGGUAGCAAAGUGGAUGCGGAGUUGCAACAUGAAAUGCACAAGUUGAAUAUCGGUAACCUUGGAAAUGUUGGGUCGGAGGGUGAUAAUAUAAAAGGUUUUGUGUUUGGGAGUUCGGAGCCCGUAAAUAAUGGUAAGCAGCGUCCUGUUGGGGAGCGGAAAUUAAGUGGUGAUAAAAAUGAUGGUUUGAAAAACUCUGUGUUUGGAUCAAGUAGUAAGCAUAAUGAAGAACAUGUGAAGACUGAUUUGAUAUCGGAUAGGAUGCGGGAAUUGAAGGUAGGUGGAGCGGGUGAAGAGUUUGUGUUUGGUCAAAAUGUUGACCCGAAGGUAUAUGAAGCCACCACUUCUAGCAAUUUUCAAACAUUUACCUUUUCUAGCAAAUUGGAUAAUUCACGGGCUCCUAAUGUUGAAUUUAAAACACCUGAUACGAGGGGAGGUUUGUUUUCUAGUGCAAAAAGCAAACCCGAAGCUAGGUUAAAGAAAAAGAAAGGACAAGUUAGAAAGCCUGUGAUUGGUCAGCCGCAGCCUAAACAAGAUUUCGUGUUUGGUCAAAGUUCACCUCAGGUUUCCGACAGUUUCGAAGCUUACUCACCGAUGGAUGUUUCUCCGUAUCAAGAAACGUUAGCGGAUAAUUACUCUAGAGGAACGUCUGUGGCAUCGGACGAUGCUGCUUCCCAAACAAAUGACCAAAAUAGCGUGUCAAGUGAAUCACAUCAUAUUAAUACAAAUAUGACAACGGAUGAAGAUUUAAUCAUCGCUACGCAACGAUUAGACGUUAAUGAUGGUGAUUUAAAAUGUGAAGUUUCCGAGGCAGAAACGUUUAAAUCCGCAAUGGAAAACAUGGAGUUUAGUAGUGACACCUUUGCUUCAGCAUUGGAUUCUGAAUUGAGCUCCACUGCAACUUCGGUGAAUCAAGAAAAAUCAGGCAUUCGGUUAUUUGAGUUCGGUUCAAAUUUAGAAAAUAUAAGCACGGAGAAUUUCACUUUUGCUGCUUCUACAUCCGGUCAAAGUCAAAUGUCACCAGAGACACGUAAGCAUAAAAAGAAACAUCGGUUGAAAACUGGUCAAGAUUCUUACAGUCCAACAUCAGAUACGAAAAACGCGUAUGCGUCAUCUUCUUCUUCGAUUUUGUCUCCUCGGAAUACCCAAAAAGUUGAUAUGUCUACAUUAUCAAGUAAAAAUCAGGAUGUUUUCAAGCCGGUAAAUGAUCUAGAUUCAAAGAACAAAACUUUAGCAAGUGCAUCAGUCAGCAUUGCAGCAGAGGAAGUCUGUGAGAAGUGGCGAUUGAGGGGAAACCAAGCUUAUGGUAACGGGGAUCUUGCUAAAGCAGAGGAUUAUUACACACAGGGGUUAAAUUCGGUUUCUCAAACUGAGAAAUCUAAAGGUUGCCUUAGGGCUUUGAUGCUAUGCUAUAGCAACCGUGCAGCAACUAGAAUUUCUCUUGGAAGGAUGAAAGAUGCUUUAAAAGAUUGUCUGAUGGCUGCAGCAAUAGAUCCUAAUUUUCUCAAGGUUCAAGUUCGUGCUGCACAUUGUUACCUUGCUAUUGGAGAAGUCGAAAAUGCAACUGUUCAGUAUAUGAAAUGCUUGCAGUCAGGGAGCGAUGUCUGUGUGGACAGAAAGUUGUUAGUAGACGCCUCUGAGGGCUUAGAAAAGGCACAGAAAGUGACACAAUGCCUCAAGCAAUAUACUGAACUUCCACGAAGAACACCAGAAGAUUUAGAAUGUGCUUUGAAAGUUAUUGAUGAAGCUUUGCAAAUAAGCAGUUGUUCAGAGCAAUUGCUUCAGAUGAAAGCAGAUACCCUACUAAAGUUACAGCGAUAUGAACAAAUUAUUCAGAUGUGUGAGCAGACUCUGAGUUCUGCUGGGUCAGACUCAUGGAGAUCAAACCUGAUCGUUAAAUCCUAUUUUUAUUUAGGAAAGCUUGAGGAAGCUCAUGAAUUUAUUAAGAAACAAGAGAAUUCUGGGCUUAUUACUGAAAGGUUAGAAAUCAUGAGCUUGGAGUCAAUGAUACCUUUAGCUGACACAAUAAGUGAGCUUUUAUCUCGCAAGGCAGCAGGAAAUGAAGCAUAUAAGUCCGGCAGGUAUACUGAAGCAGUUGAAAAUUACACUUCUGCACUAUCAUGCAGUGUCGAAUCACGCCCGUUUGCAGCCAUAUGUUUUUGCAAUCGGGCUGCAGCAUACCGGGCUUUGGGCCAAAUUUCAGAUGCCAUUGCCGAUUGCAGCUUAGCUAUAGCUCUUGAUCCAAGCUAUCUCAAGGCUAUUUCUAGACGGGCCAACUUAUAUGAGAUGAUUAGAGAUUACGGAGAAGCGGCUAAAGAUCUUAGGAGAUUGGUGUCUUCGCUGACAUCACAAAUGGAUAAAGCGAACGAGCUAAGACAAACUCAGCUCCAGCUUUAUAAUAUUGAAGAAGAAUCCAAAAAAGAAAUUCCCUUAAAUAUGUACCUCAUACUGGGAGUUGAAUCAACUGCUGCUGCAUCAGAAGUCAAGAAAGCGUAUCGGAAAGCUGCACUAAAGCAUCAUCCCGAUAAGGCGGCAUUGUUGGUGAGUAGAAGUGAUAAUGGAGAUGAUGGAUUGUGGAAGGAAAUAUCCGAAAAUGUUCGCAGAGACGCGGAUCGGCUUUUCAAAAUGAUUGGAGAAGCAUAUGCUGUACUUUCAAAUCCUUCCAAGAGGUCACAAUACGAUAUGGAUGAAGAAAUGAGAAAUGAAAUCAACAAAUAUACAAGAAGCAGUUUUGGGCGAACGUAUGCAGACGUCCACAGCCCUAUGUUUGAAAGAAGCAGAAGCAGGCGAUUCCAAGAGUCUUGGAGACCGUUCUUUAGUUCCCAAUCCAAGGGUCAAGAACGAUGGCAAUAUACAAGGCAUUCUUGAUAUAUCAUCUGUUUAGGCAAUUUGUCGUCGAAGAGUGCAAAAGUUGCACGAGAGCAUACAAAACAUGCAAUGAUCAAGCAAUUUCAUGUACAUAUCUAAUUUGUGGAUGGAAACGAGCCCCUCGGAUACAGUACAAUCUCAAAAGCAGCAUGUACAAGUGGUGAUGCACUGUUUUAUUUAUUUUUUUGUAUAGUGAUUGUUUUAUUGAAUGCAAACAAUGUAUGAAUUGAGGCAUGGAGUGGAGAAAUUGUUUUAUUUUAUUGUUAUUAUUGA